AUGAAGGAGGAGUAUGUGAAAUUCAUGGUCGAGUACGAGCGUUUGGGUCACAUGAAGAGGUUAAGUGAUCCGGUAGACGAUUCGGUUCAGCACUACUACCUUCCUCAUCAUGCAGUAGUGAAGGAGACAAGCACAACAACCAAAGUCCGAAUCGUGUUCGAUGCAUCGUGCAAGUCUUCGUCUGGCUAUUCACUCAACGACAAGCUACUAGUUGGGCCGGUGAUCCAAGACGACCUGUUCACCAUCAUUGUGCGCUUCCGGUCACAUGCAAUCGCGCUAUCAGCAGAUGUGGAGAAAAUGUACCGUCAAAUUCUCCACGAACCUAGCGACGAAAGGUACCUUCGCAUUCGGUACCGGGAAAGUCCUGCACAGCCAAUUCAGACCUUCCAGUUGCUGACAGUAACCUACGGAACCGCAUGUGCACCAUUUUUGGCAACGCGGACUUUAAAGCAAAUUGCGCAUGACCACAAGGCACAAUAUCCUCGAGCAGUGAACUCAGUACUGAACGACUUCUACGUGGAUGAUUUGCUCACGGGUACCGAAGACGUAUUGGAGGCAGUUGAAAUGCGGGCACAGAUCUCAGAAAUGCUCAAAUCGGCUGGAUUUUCAUUAAAAAAGUGGGCCUCUAACGUACCGGAAGCAUUACAGAACAUCCCAUCGGAGGACUUGGCAGUUCUCCCGACGCAUGAGUGCAACUGA